UCCCUUUCCAAACCCGCUCGACGGUCACCGUAUUUCUAUUACGCGAGGUGUGCACGAUUUGUCAACAAGGAGUACAAAGACGGCAUCAGUCAGACGACCCGUAAAUAAUCGAGACUUGACCAGAAAAAACAGUGAUGAACAAUGUCCGACGCCGACGGGGUUCAAGGUCGCUCAAUCAACCAGGUCACCGAGCCUGACCUCCUGUCCGAUUCAGCUGCCUCUUGGAAAAGCAUUGGUUACUGAGGACCUCAUCCUCGAUUACCCAUCUUCCCAAGGCAAGAGAGUUAACUGACUAUGAAAGUCCAGUUUCCACCCUUGCCGAACUAGGCUGUGAACUAUGGCUACAAGUGGAAUAGCAGAUGAAGAUCUGCAUUGCCCAAUCUGUACAGAGGUCUAUGGAGACCCCAAAAUGCUACCCUGUACUCAUCGAAUAUGCAAAUCAUGUCUCAACCAAUACAUCGGAUCUCGGCCGAAGGCAAGAACAGUCCCUUGUCCUUUAUGCAACCAACCAUUCAAAAUCCCCCAAAGCCAAAACAGAGACUAUGCAUCGCGCUUCCGUACCGAUGAGACUCUUCAGGGCAUUGUUCACGAGAAGCAAUAUAUGAAAUUGAUGAUGACAAAUCGCCCAGUCAGUUCCUGUUCUUUACACGAUGAAAUCAAAACUAUGUUUUGCAUCAACUGCAGCAAACUUGAAUGUGUUCAUUGCAUUGCAAGGACACAUAAACGUUGUCAAAAUCCACUCCCAUGGAAAGAUGCGAUUCCGCACAUAGAACGGAUAGCUAAAGGUUAUUUGGGAAAAGUGCAGCCUCUCUUGAAAGAUGUUUCCAGUUCCUUGAUACGGAUACGCGAGCAGAAAAAGAAGGCGUUGGACAACCAUUCAGCAGUUGCAUUUGCUCUAGAGACCCAGAAAGCUAAAUGGAUUAGUUUAGUUGAGGAACAUUACGCACCCCUUGAGCAGGUGGUCACCGGAGCGCAUAAAGCUAACAUGGCCCAAAUGAACAAUGUCGUGUCUGAGUUGCAACAGUCCCAGCAAGCUCUGGAAAGGUUCCAGUCAUCCCUGAACAAGAUCACUUCCUAUGUCUCUGUUGAUGCACUGUUUCAGGAGGUAGGAAAUGAAGACAGGAAGCCACCCGAUCUAGCAACGAUGAGCAGGUCGUUGGGGAGGAAGCUGACUAUAGAAUCACUGAAAUUUAUACCAUUUCAAGUGCCUUCUUUUCCAAAAGGGAAAAUGAAAACACGGUUGGGAGAAGUCAAAAGUGACUCAGAAGUGGUACGUGUUAAUAACGAUACAAUGAGCAUGGAAACAUUUUUACUUCUGUCAACGGUAUGUUUGAUUGGCUUCCAGUUUGUAAGAUGGUGUCUCAAAACAACAUAGAAGUACCGUUUAUUCUAGGGGACGGAUAUUUUGUGGAAGAUAUGAUUCAGUAUGGGGCGGGUUGCCCAGUAUUCUAAGACGCCGCAGAGUUGCGUCUCUUAGGCGUUGCAUAUGACUAAUAUCACGGGUUCGAGUCCCUGGUUGUCCUGCAGAUGAUUAUGGUUCCAGCUUUGUCACCUCCAUAUACGUGCUCGUGGGUUGCAGCACGGCCUCUCCCUUACGUCACGGGGGGCGGUCGGGUAGCCUGGUGGUUAAAGCGUUAGCGCGUCACACCGAAGAUUAUUUUCUGGCGUUGAUCUUUUACAUUUUGUUCCAUCAACUGAAUUGGAUUUGAUAACAGGGCAAAUAAGACAUAAUACUAGGAAGAACCCAUGGGAUAAGAGUAUAUUUAAAUGACAAUUGGGUGGUGACGUGACAUGACCUGAGUGAAGGUGUGUCAUCGCAUCCAUAUGUCUUGCAUCGUUUUUUAUGCUAUCAGUCGUAGGUUUGCUUGCCUGUAUAGUAACAGUUUUGUUUUGUUCAAAAUGAAAUUUCUCCACUGAUGAAUUGUGCGUUGUACUGAUAUUGUAUGUUGAACUGCUUACCAGACUCUAGAAAGUGUCUACAGUGUAAUGUUAUCGUUUCUUGAAGUUCAACAAUAGAAUGGUGCAUUUAGGCACUGAUGAGGCAGCAAAAGCUGUUGGUGUAGUGGAAGUUGGAAAGAUACACAGUCAGGUUAGAAAAUUGUUCAAUGUAACACUGUGAUUAGGUGGUUCUGCAAUAUCAGUAGCUGUGCGGAACAAGCAUAAUCCCCCGAUCUCUACGUGCAACUGUGCAAGGAGACAUCAAUUUAUUUUAAUGCAAGGAUCAAUCACCUAGGAAAAUAUAAAUGCAGAGACAUCGGAUUGUAAACCUUCAUAAAUGCAGAGGUAUGUCAUCAUGUACGUCACUAUAUACAUGGGGGCGGUCGGGUAGCCUAGUGGUUAAAACGUUCACUCGUCACGCCGAAAACCCGGGUUCGAUUUCCGACACCACUUUGCAUAUAAUACACGUAUCUAUAUUGUACUUGAGCCUAUGGGCUUUAUACUGAAAUAAACUUUAAAAAAAAGAAAAUCGGAUGUUACAUUUGACAUGGGAAAUCAUAUGUUUAAUGUACGUUUGGAGUCAAGUUGACAGCCUGUUUGGUCGUAUGGACAAGGUAACCGAGCUCGGUUCAGAUGAUCCAUGGUUUGAAUCCAAGAUCGAGACACGUUUUAUGACCGCGACAUUGGCGACAAACGACGGUCUGAAUUGAUUCGUAU